GGUUUUUUCAGCCUCUCCCGAAACGUCAAAAUGGGCGCAAGCACGAAAACGGCUAAAUUUGCGGUCGGCUUCACGGCCUUUGCGUUUCUGUUUAUUCUGAUCUCCUUUUGCUCACCGUACUGGCUACAGACCGAUGGGGAGCUGGAGCAUCCCAAGUUCACCAAUCUCGGGCUUUGGGAGUUGUGCCUGCGGAAUUUCCAGGAUAUACACCGAUGGUACGACUACCCCUUCAACGGGUGCAUGUGGAUCUUCGAGGAGGAGUACUACAUCAUCCACGAUUACAUCCUGCCCGGGUUCUUCAUUGCGGUGCAGUUUUUCUUCACGCUCUGCUUCACCCUGCUGCUGAUGGGCGUCACGAUGACACUGAUGUUCCUCAGCUGGUCACGGGACAACGAUCGCUACAUAAUGCUGCUGCUGACCAAUGGCACCGUGCUCCUGCUGGCGGCUUUCUGCGGUCUGAUAGCCGUGGCCACGUUCGGUUGUUACGGUGAUAGCCGCGACUGGAUGCCGAACUGGGAGCACAACGAUAUGGGCUGGUCGUUUGCGCUGGGUGUCGUCGGCACCUUUGCCCUCUUUCCGGCCGGGGUGCUGUUCAUCGUCGAGGCACGCCGUGCCACCUACAGACGCCUGAACAACAUCGCCAACAGCGAAAUGGCUGCGGCGUACACAAUGGAUGAGCGUAAAUACCGCGGUGGCCAUACAGAUAUCUAGAUAUGGAAUACACCGGGGGUUGGGCCUUUGUCGCCGGCACAUUCCUUCCCUCCCUAGCGCAGAGGGAGCUUAGGCUUGAUAAGUCCAUUUUUAUACAAUUGACACAUAUAGGUACAGUACGAUUAGUGCAAGAAAGCGCUAGGGUCCGAGAGGAUACGCGGCAAAAUGGUAUGCAAGAGAAUCGAUAUUCCGUCCAGUAGAAAUAAAUUUUUACUAA